UACCAGAGUUGCAGCAUGAGUCUCGAAGAAUCGCCGAUAACUUGCAAUGGAUUUCAAUCAAACGCGUCGUGUGAUGGAAGCGGAGAAGUGUUUACAAACAAAGAUGAGGCCAUCCACAAGAUGUCCUGCAAACCUUACAAAAUUGUGUUUAAUGAGAAAUUCGGACGCUGUUUAGUUGCUACGAGGAACUUAAAACCUGGAGAAAUUAUUUUUGGAGAAAAAGCUGCCAUCGUAGGUCCGAAACAGGGCUGCCGGCCAUGCUGUCUUAAGUGCUUUACGAGUCUAGAUAAUGUGGCCAGUCUCUUCAGAUGCCCUGGAUGUAAUUUCCCAUUUUGCCAGGAACAGUGCGCCAAGAGUCCUGAACACGCCACGGAAUGCGUCGUACUGAGCCGGGCAAGAUCGUGCAUCAGCAUUAACGAUAUGAGCAAACCUCAUCCAGUCUAUCAAUGCAUCACUCCGCUCAGAGGUAUUUUGUUAAAAACUACACAGCCGAAACUGUUUGAGGAAUUCAGUGGGUUGGUGCAUCACAAUGAUCUACGUCGACAGACGCAAAUGUGGAGAAUUUAUCAAGUGAAUGUCGUUCAAUUUCUUCGCAAAGUUUGCGGAUUGGCCAAUGAAUUCAGCGAGGAAGACAUUCACGCGGCUUGCGGUGUGCUGGACGUCAACGCCUUUGAAAUUCGCCUGCCCGGCAGCAAACGUCAACAAAUAUUGGGCCUUUUCCCCACAGGGUCCAUGAUGUCUCAUAGAUGUGUAGCAAACACGCAUCACGUCAUCGACUCCAAUACUUACGAAAUGACCGUCCGUGCCUCAGUUGCCAUUAAGAAAGGCGAACAACUGUUCACAACUUACACACUUCCGCUAGACGGGACAAAUGAUCGUCGAUCCGUUUUGCGUCAGAGCAAAAUGUUCGAAUGUGAUUGUCCCCGUUGCUCAGAUCCAACGGAAUGUUUGACGUUUUUAUCGGCACUACGUUGCCCCAGAUGUCCGAUUGGCAUCAUGCUUCCAAUCCAGCCACUGGAAGAGAACGAAACGCAAUGGCAAUGCUCUCCUUGCUCUCAUCAGUUAGACGCAGCUGUUGUGACCCAACUGAUUGACCAACUGAAAGACGAAUUUGAGAACAUUGGACCAAAGGACGUUGAAAAGUUGGAAGAGUUUCUUAGCCGACACGCCUCGUCGCUCCAUCCCAAUCAUUUCUUGUUCACGAGUGCCAGGCAAUCACUGAGCCAACUGUACGGCCGAGACGAAAAUUAUUUACUCAACACCUUGAAGAUGGAACAGCUGGAACGUAAAAUUUCCAUUUGCCAACAAUUACUAUCCGUCGCCGAUGUAGUCGAACCUGGACUCACUCGAGUCAGAGGAGUUACCCUUUACGAGUUGUAUGCGCCGAUGUUGCUGCUGGCCAAACGGACGUACGAAGCUGGGCAUUGCACAUUAGCUGAAUUUAAAGAAAGGAUCGUUGCUGUCGAGGCCAUCUUGUCUGAAGCAACACAAAUCCUUUUGCUCGAAGAUGCAGCCUCAACCGAAGGAGCUGUUUGCGCUGUACAGGCACUUGAUCAAAUCCGACGCUGGAUCGCUUCCAUCUAAUUGCUCUCCAUACCGUUUAUUUGCGUCAUUGAAAAAAGGGGAGGGAAAAAAAAAAUUAUAACACGUAUACAAUGGGGAAAAAAUGAUAUCGGGGAGAGGCAAAGACGGACAAGAAUUUUGCACACAUACAGACGCACAAAAGGA